UCGCACAGCCUGGGGGUUGGGGACCGUAGCACUACACUACCCUGUCCCCUUUCCUGCCACUCUGAAAGAGUUUGAGGUUGAGGUGGAGUUGUGCUCAAACCGACUGGGAGGGGACUGCUGGUGCCCCCUGCGGGUGGGUGACAUUGGGUUUUUUUCUCUCCUUUCUGUGUUGACUCACCACCUCCACUGUGGCUGUGGUCCCAUUUGUUUCCUUGCAUGCCUAGGUGAGCACACGUGGGCCCUGACAGGAGGUCUUCUGGGUGCUGUCAGGAGGAAGGGGGAUGUGGGAGACCCCAGGGGCCCGAGCCUCCAUCCUGCAUAGGUCUCAUAUAGUUAAGCCCAAGAUUCUAGCAUUUUCCAUCAAAGACCUUGGCCUCUUCACUAUACUUUAGCUGGCACUGUUUUCUUGUCACAGUGUCACAGCAGAAAAAGACUUGUUUAUUGGAGGUCAUGAAUGCAAAAGGAAAGGAAGAAAACCAUAGGACCAAUGUCUACACCCUCCUGCCCCAGGUCCCCAGCUGCCUGCUGUAUAGUUGCAGGUUGUUCCUUGCCAUGGCAGUGGCUGCCGAUGGAGGGCCAUGCCAUGUGGCCCCUGUUGUCAGCCCUUGGCGGGGUUUGGGCAACAUCUGGAAAAGCAGCAGGGCAUGGUCCCCUUGCCCAGACUCAGCCCUCCCUCCCCCACUCCUGUCUGCCAGAAACAGGUCUGCCUGACAGGUUGGCUACCCAAGGCUGUUACCUGGAGUGGGACAUCAUCACUCUUGGCCUGUCAGAGUGGGGAGCUAAUUUACUAUUGGUACUAAUGCUGUCUCUAACCUGCAGCAACCGCAGAGUCAUACGGAAGCAAUUAAACACUUCUGGGGCUAGGUCAGGCUGACCGUGUGAGAUUCUCUCUGGGGCCUUGUACAUUUUAAACAAAACCCAAAACCUUCUCAGCACCACUCUUCUCCUUGUCCAAGAGGUGGCCCCCUGUGGGAUGUCAGGCCAGCCCAUGCCUGCCUUUCUCGCUUUCCACGGGCAAUUUAAAGAGAUGCCUGUGGGGAACCUGCCAAGAUGGUGCGUGUGGAGGGCAGUUUGGGAGGGGCCAAACCACAGAGAAAUGUUGGUUAACCUGCUGCAUGUCACUGCUUCCUCAAAAAUCCAGAGUCCCCUUUGCCUACAGAGUAAAGGCCACAUGCUUUCAGCUGGCCUCUACUGUCUGGACCCAGAGGCCUGAGGCCGACCCUGGGAGGCACCUGCUCUAGCGUUAAGACGCCCCACUCCUGACUUCUUUACCCAGUUCUACAGCCAGACGGUGGCGCCACAGCCCUCUGCACACGUGCUUUUUGCCUCAAACAUUUGCUUGUGCGGUUUCCUCUGCCUAGAAUGCUUUUCCCUUUUUCUUACUUAAACCAAACUCUAAUUCCAAUACUGCCCCUUCCCUCUGUUCAGUCUUCCUCCCUGAGCCAAAAGUCAUCUCCUGCUCUCUGUACCCUGUGGCCCUUAUCUGCUUCUCUUUCACUACCUUAUCAUUUGUGCUUGCUAUUAUAGUUGUUUGUGUGUCUGACUUGUCUUCUCCACCAGCCGGAGGCUCCUGAAGACACUACCAUGUCUUUACCAUUCCUUAGCCCUCACAGCCAUGCCUGGGGGCCCUCCUGAACAGUCAGGGGCUGUGCGUGAGGUGGCAGUGGGUGGACAGAGGUCCCUGUGGCUUCGCAAGCCUGUGGAACAACCGGGGUAACAUGCAGAGGCUGGGUAGGACAUGCAGCUUCAAGGGUGAUAAAGCUCUGCCUAAGAGUGUGGGUGGGAUAGGAGAGAAGACCCUGGAGCACUGGUCCUCAAAGUGUGGUCCCCAGACCAGCAGCAUCAGCAUCACCUGGGAAAUGUGUCAGAAAUAUAUAUUAUUGGCCCCAGCCCAGUCUUGCCGAAUCAGAAACUCUGGGAGUGGGGCCCAGCAAUCUGUGGUCUAAGGAGCCAUCCAGGUGAUCUGAUGUACAGGAAACUUUGAGAACCACUGCCAUAGAGUUAGAGACCUUGCCCAAGAUGGGAGGCCAGAGGGUGCCAUGGGAAGGAGAUGGACUGUGGAGUCAGACCUCCUAGGUCCAAAGCCCUGAUCUGAAGUUCAAUGUCCCAGUGAGAUGAGACUCAGUGAUACCAUCUCUUAGGGGUGUCCUUCUCCCAUGAGGAUCAGUAGUGGUCUCUAAACUUUCAUGUACAUAAGAGUCACCUGGGGUGCUUUUUUAAAAUGCAGUUUCUUGACUCCCCAUUUCAGGGAAUCUAAUUCUGCUGGCUGGAGUAAGGCUGAGGAAUCUAUAGUUUAAAUAAGCCCCAGGCGGUCCUGAUGUGGUUAGUUCAAGGAUUGUUCUUAGAAGCCCUGAUGCACAGAGCCUUGUGCAACACCUUUCGUGUACUAGAUGCUAGCAGUGGUGGCUGCAACUAUGUCUAUUGUGUGAACACCGCAGGGGGCGUUGGAAACAGUUGGGACCAGCUGGAUGUGCUGGUCUGGGGAGAGAAGGUUUCCCAUGGGCUCCCAAGUGCCAGUAUUUUCGUUAAAUGAGUUUGACCUGGGAGCAAUGUUGAAAGGACAGACAUGGGCACAGGGUCUGCGUGGGAGGUGGCCGGCAAGUGUGAAGGGGCGGCACUUCCACGGUGAGUCGUUCAGGGCCGGUGAGUGUAUGUACCUCUCCGGUUUAGAGGGCACCUGCUCCCAGCUUCCUAGCUGGUGAAAAUGUGUUGUCCACAGAGAGAGCUGGGAUUGUGGAUGGGUCAGGGCCAGGAUAUCAGGGACUGGCUACAAAGGUGGCUUUGGCUAGGGGGCCAGGGAAACCUAGGUGGUACCAGAGCCUGAUGUGAAGCCCCUGGGAUCCUCCAUCAGCUUCCUUGGCCAUGAAGUUUUAGGGGUAUGGAGGGGCAGGGACCAAUGUCUUGUAUCAGAGGCCUCAUUCUGCCCCCUCUGGAGCCUGAGCCUUCUGCGUGGGCUGCUCUGACUGUCCCUGUCUCUCCAGGGGCUUGAGAACAGGCUUGCUUGGUGGCUGGAUGCCCCAGAGUGCUAUUCCCCCAAACACCACCAGGGGUCGCUGAGGCUGCCUUUAAACCUUGCCAAUCCAGCAUGAAUUCCCGCUCUCCCUCUCUGGGCCUGGGGCGCCUCAGCACUGCUCAGCCUGGGGGUGACUCUGGAGCAGGGCUCCACAGAGGGGAGGGGGUGCUGCCUCCAGGGGCCAUGCCUGCGAUCUCACCGUCAGCUGGGGGUCAUGCCUCAAGCACCAAGUGCCAUUCUGACUUCCCUUCCCAUCCCUACCUCAAGAAGCCAGCCUGAAUGGUGAGCCCCUCCUCCUCCUGCCCCCCACCCCUCCUUCCUCACUGCAAUGCCGGGAAACAUAGGUCACAGCUUGGGAAUGUGGCCCUGGGCGGGGCUGAGGUGGUGGGAGGAGGAGGAAGGACAUGUGACCCCUGCUCAAUACCCCCUUCUCUCUGGCUGUUUCCAAACCCCUUCCCAGCCUAGGUACAAAUGGGUGCUAGUUACGAGGGGUCAUCUGGGGGAAGCAGCCCCUGUUCUCCUCACUGUUGGCCCUGGUGGGGCCAAUGGAUGAAGGCAAGUUGCCAACAGGUGUCCCAGCAGAGCUGGCAGGAGGGUGGCUGCAGGGCCAAACCUGCCAUGGCAGGAACUGGGAGGCACAGGUGGGAUCUGGGCUCCCUCCGGUUGAGGGGGACACCUCUGGGAAUGAGGGCGAAGGUCUUGACAGUUCUGAGUCUCAGCACAGGGGAAACGGUGCAGCCUGGCUCUGUAGUAUUUGAGGCUCGUCAGCGCAUUCCCAGGCUGGGUUUCUUGGUGGUUUGGUCAGGACGAUGGCAACAGGGGGGCCAUUUGCCGCGGGGACGUGUCAGAGCUAAUCAGGGCGAGUGUCUUCAAUGCCAUGGUGCAGUGCCUCCCCUCCCCUUCCUGCUCUGGGAACUGAGGCCCCCACACCUUGACUCAAGGCACCACCGAGGGGCUUUGCUCUUGUCAGAGUCCAGAAGCUGUAAGGAGAGAAAAGGCAGAUCCUGCUGCCGCUGCCGGGGAAUGAGCAGGGUGGCUAAAUUCAGCCUGGCUGUGCUCUGCCCCUCCCCGCUCCUCCCCUCCACUCCAGGGCCCAGGCUCCCUGCGGUCUCAGCAGGCACCACCUUCCCAGCCAGCUGCCGGCCUGCCACCCAGCCUCUCCCCUGGCCAGCCCUCACCUCCUUCCCCCGCCCUGGGCCUUCUCAGUGUGGGCUGUCAGCUGGGUCAGCCAGCCCACUGAGCUAAGCUGGGGCUGGGCUCCUGGGCUCCUGGGCUCCUGCUCCCUGGGGAGCCAGGUGGGGUGGGCAGAGGGCAGGCAGCAGGAGGGCCUGGUGCCAGGGCAGAGCUUUGGGACAGGCGCAGGCUGGGGUCCGUGUGCAGAGCCUCGGGUGGGUCCUCGUCCCCUUUCAGCAGCCCCAUCACCUCGGACGAGGAGUACCUGAGCCCCCCAGAGGAUUUCCCGGAGCCUGGAGAGAGCUGGCCCCGAACCCCCACCAUGAAGCUCAGUCCCAGCCAGAACCGCCGUUCUUCUGACACUGGCUCCAAAGCACCCCCCACCUUCAAGGUCUCACUUAUGGACCAGUCAGUAAGAGAAGGCCAAGACGUCAUCAUGAGUAUCCGCGUGCAGGGGGAGCCCAAGCCCGUGGUCUCCUGGCUGAGAAACCGCCAGCCCGUGCGCCCCGACCAGCGGCGCUUCGCAGAGGAGGCGGAGGGCGGGCUGUGCCGGCUGCGGAUCCUGGCUGCGGAGCGCGGCGAUGCCGGCUUCUACACGUGCAAGGCGGUCAACGAGUAUGGCGCUCGGCAGUGCGAGGCCCGCUUGGAGGUCCGAGCACACCCUGAAAGCCGGUCCUUGGCCGUGCUGGCCCCCCUGCAGGACGUGGACGUGGGGGCCGGGGAGAUGGCGCUGUUUGAGUGCCUGGUGGCGGGUCCCACUGAUGUGGAGGUGGACUGGUUGUGCCGAGGCCGCCUGCUGCAGCCUGCGCUGCUCAAAUGCAAGAUGCAUUUCGAUGGCCGCAAAUGCAAGCUGCUGCUCACCUCUGUGCAUGAGGACGACAGUGGUGUCUACACCUGCAAGCUCAGCACGGCCAAAGAUGAGCUGACCUGCAGUGCCCGGCUGACCGUGCGGCCCUCGCUGGCGCCUCUGUUCACACGGCUGCUGGAAGACGUGGAGGUGCUGGAGGGCCGAGCCGCCCGCUUCGACUGCAAGAUCAGUGGCACCCCACCCCCCUCAGUUACCUGGACUCACUUUGGCCACCCCGUGGAGGAGAGCGAGAACUUGCGGCUGCAGCAGGAUGGGGGUCUGCACUCACUGCACAUCGCCCAUGUGGGCAGCGAGGAUGAGGGGCUCUAUGAGGUCAGUGCCACCAACACCCAUGGCCAGGCCCACUGCUCAGCCCAGCUCUACGUGGAGGAGCCCCGGACAGCUGCCUCAGGCCCCAGCUCGAAGCUGGAGAAGAUGCCAUCCAUCCCCGAGGAGCCAGAGCAGGGCGAGCUGGAGCGGCUGUCCAUUCCCGACUUCCUGCGGCCACUGCAGGACCUGGAGGUGGGCCUGGCCAAGGAGGCCAUGCUGGAGUGCCAGGUGACUGGCCUGCCCUACCCCACCAUCAGCUGGUUCCACAAUGGCCACCGCAUCCAGAGCAGUGACGACCGGCGCAUGACACAGUACAGAGAUGUACAUCGCUUGGUGUUCCCUGCCGUGGGGCCUCAGCAUGCUGGCGUCUACAAGAGUGUCAUCGCCAACAAGCUUGGCAAAGCUGCCUGCUAUGCCCACCUGUAUGUCACAGAUGUGGUUCCAGGCCCCCCAGAUGGCGUCCCGCAGGUGGUAGCUGUGACUGGGAGGAUGGUCACACUCACAUGGAACCCCCCCAGAAGUCUGGACAUGGCCAUCGACCCGGACUCCCUCACCUACACGGUACAGCACCAGGUGCUGGGCUCGGACCAGUGGACAGUGCUGGCCACAGGCCUACGGGAGCCUGGCUGGGUGGCCACGGGGCUGCGGAAGGGGCCCCAGCACGUGUUCCGGGUCCUCACCACCACCGUCAAGAGCAGCAGCAAGCCCUCGCCCCCCUCUGAGCCUGUGCAGCUGCUGGAGCGCGGCCCGCCCCUGGAGGAGGCCCCUGCUGUGCUGGACAAACCGGACAUCGUGUAUGUGGUAGAGGGACAGCCUGCCAGUGUCACUGUCACCUUCAACCAUGUGGAGGCCCAAGUCGUCUGGAGGAGCUGCCGGGGGGCCCUCCUAGAGGCCCGGGCAGGUGUGUACGAGCUGAGCCAGCCAGAUGACGACCAGUACUGCCUUCGGAUCUGCCGGGUGAGCCGCCGGGACAUCGGGGCCCUCACCUGCACUGCUCGAAACCGACACGGCACGCAGACCUGCUCAGUCACACUGGAGCUGGCAGAGGCCCCUCGGUUUGAGUCCAUCAUGGAGGAUGUGGAGGUGGGGGCCGGGGAAACCGCUCGCUUUGCUGUGGUGGUUGAGGGGAAACCACUGCCAGACAUCAUGUGGUACAAGGACGAGAUGCUGCUGGCCGAGAGCAGCCACGUGAGCUUCGUGUACGAGGAGAACGAGUGCUCCUUGGUGGUGCUGAGCACAGGGGCCCAGGAUGGAGGCGUCUACACCUGCAUAGCCCAGAACCUGGCAGGCGAGGUCUCCUGCAAAGCAGAGCUGGCUGUGCAUUCAGCUCAGACAGCUAUGGAAGUCGAGGGGGUCAGGGAAGACGAGGAGCAUCGAGGAAGGAGACUGAGCGACUUCUAUGACAUCCACCAGGAGAUUGGCAGGGGUGCCUUCUCCUACCUGCGGCGCGUGGUGGAACGGAGCUCCAACCUGGAGUUUGCAGCCAAGUUCAUCCCCAGCCAGGCCAAGCCAAAGGCAUCAGCAUGGCGGGAGGCCCGGCUGCUGGCCCGGCUCCAGCACGACUGUGUCCUCUACUUCCAUGAGGCCUUCGAGAGGCGCCGGGGACUGGUCAUUGUCACGGAGCUCUGCACAGAGGAGCUGCUGGAGCGAAUGGCCAGGAAACCCACCGUGUGUGAGUCUGAGAUCCGGGUCUAUAUGCAGCAGGUACUAGAGGGAAUACGCUACCUGCACCAGAGCCAUGUGCUGCACCUCGAUGUCAAGCCCGAGAACCUGCUGGUAUGGGAUGGUGCAGAGGGUGAAGAGCAGGUGCGGAUCUGCGACUUUGGGAAUGCCCAGGAACUGAUUCCAGGAGAGCCUCAGUACUGCCAAUAUGGCACACCUGAGUUUGUGGCACCUGAGAUUGUCAACCAGAGCCCUGUGUCGGGAGUCACUGACAUCUGGCCCGUGGGCGUCGUUGCCUUCCUCUGUCUGACAGGAAUCUCCCCGUUUGUUGGGGAAAAUGAUCGGACAACAUUGAUGAACAUCCGAAACUACAAUGUGGCCUUUGAGGAGACCACGUUCCUGAGCCUGAGCAGGGAGGCCCGGGGCUUCCUCAUCAAAGUGCUGGUGCAGGACCAGCUGAGACCUACCGCAGAGGAGACCCUAGAACAUCCUUGGUUCAAAACUCAGGCAAAGGGCGCAGAGGUGAGCACAGAUCACCUAAAGCUGUUUCUGUCUCGGCGGAGGUGGCAGCGCUCCCAGAUCAGCUACAAAUGCCACCUGGUGCUGCGCCCCAUCCCCGAGCUGCUGCGUGCCCCUCCGGAGCGGGUGUGGGUGACCAUGCCCAGAAGACCACCCCCCAGCGGGGGGCUCUCAUCCUCCUCCGAUUCUGAAGAGGAAGAGCUUGAAGAGCUGCCCUCAGUGCCCCGCCCCCUGCAGCCCGAGUUCUCUGGCUCCCGGGUGUCCCUCACCGACAUUCCCACUGAGGAUGAGGCCCUGGGGACCCCAGAGGCUAGGGCUUCCACCCCCAUGGACUGGCAAGAACAGGGAAGGGUUCCCUCGCAGGAUCAGGAGGCUCCCAGCCCUCAGGCCCUCCCCUCCCCAGGCCAGGAGCCCCCAGCUGGGCCCAGCCCCAGGCGGGGAGAGCUCCGCAGAGGCAGCUCUGCCGAGAGCGCCCUGCCCCGGGCCGGGCCGCGGGAGCCGGGCCGGGGCCUGCACAAGGCAGCGUCUGUGGAGCUGCCGCAGCGCCGGAGCCCCAGCCCGGGGGCCACGCGCCUGGCCCGGGGAGGCCUGGGUGAGGGUGAGUACGCCCAGAGGCUGCAGGCCCUGCGCCAGCGGCUGCUGCGGGGAGGCCCUGAGGAUGGCAAGGUCAGCGGCCUCAGGGGCCCCCUGCUGGAGAGCCUGGGGGGCCGUGCCCGGGACCCCCGGAUGGCACGAGCUGCCUCCAGUGAGGCAGCGCCCCACCACCAGCCCCCACCCGAGACUCGAGGCCUGCAAAAGAGCAGCAGCUUCUCACAGGGUGAGGCGGAGCCCCGGGGCCGGCACCGCCGCGCUGGGGCGCCCCUUGAGAUCCCGGUGGCCAGGCUUGGGGCCCGCAAGCUACAGGAGUCUCCCUCCCUGUCUGCCCUCAGUGAGGCCCAGCCGUCCAGCCCUGUGCGGCGCAGCGCCCCCAAACCCAGUACUCCCAAGUCUGUGGAACCCUCUGCCACCACACCCAGUGAUGCUCCGCAGCCCCCGGCACCCCAGCCUGCCCAAGACAAGGCCCCAGAACCCACACCAGAGCAAGGCCGAGCCUCCAAGCCCGCACAGCCCCCCGUGGCCCUGCAAACCCCAGCGCUGCCCCUCACACCCUAUGCCCAGAUUAUGCAGUCGCUUCAGCUGUCGGGCCACACCCAGGGCGCCCAGCAGGGCCCUGCUGCGCCUCCGUCAGAGCCCAAGCCCCACGCAGCUGUGUUCGCCAGGGUGGCCUCGCCCCCUCUGGGAGCCCCCGAGAAGCGCGUGCCCUCAGCGGCGGCUCCCCCAGUGCUAGCUGAGAAAGCCCGGGUCCCCACGGUGCCCGCCAGGCCGGGCAGCAGCCUCAGCAGCAGCAUCGAGAACCUGGAGUCUGAGGCCCUGUUUGAGGCCAAAUUCAAGCGCAGCCGCCAGUCGCCCCUGUCGCGGGGGCUGCGGCUGCUGAGCCGCUCUCGCUCGGAGGAGCGCGGCCCCUUCCGCGGGGCUACGGAGGAGGACGGCAUGUACCGGCCCAGCCCGGCGGGGACCCCGCUGGAGCUGGUGCGACGGCCCGAGCGCUCGCGCUCUGUGCAGGACCUCAGGGCAGUCGGGGAGCCCGGCCUUGUCCGCCGCCUCUCGCUGUCGCUGUCCCAGCGGCUGCGGCGGACCCCGCCCGCGCAGCGGCACCCAGCCUGGGAGGCCCGCGGCGGGGACGGGGAGAGCUCGGAGGGCGGGAGCUCAGCGCGGGCCUCCCCGGUGCUGACGGUGCGCAGGCGGCUCAGCUCCACGCUGGAGCGGCUGUCCAGCCGGUUGCAGCGCAGCGGCAGCAGCGAGGACUCGGGGAGUGGGUCGGGUCGCAGCACGCCCCUGUUCGGACGGCUGCGCAGGGCCACGUCGGAAGGCGAGAGUCUGCGGCGCCUCGACAUCCCGCACAACCAGCUGGCCGCACAGGCGGGCGCCACCACGCCUUCCGCCGAGUCUCUGGGCUCUGAGGCCAGCGGCACCUCCGGCUCCUCAGCUCCAGGGGAAAGCCGAAGCCGGCUACGCUGGGGCCUCUCUCGGCUGCGGAAGGACAAGGGGUUAUCACAACCAAACCUCUCUGCCAGCGUCCAGGAGGACUUGGGUCACCAGUAUGUGCGCAGUGAGUCAGACUUCCCCCCAGUCUUCCACAUCAAACUCAAGGACCAGGUGCUGCUGGAGGGGGAGGCAGCCACCCUGCUCUGCCUGCCAGCGGCCUGCCCUGCACCGCACAUCUCUUGGAUGAAAGACAAGAAGUCCCUGCGGUCAGAGCCCUCGGUGAUCAUCGUGUCCUGCAAAGAUGGGCGGCAGCUGCUGAGCAUCCCCCGGGCGGGCAAGCGGCACGCCGGGCUCUAUGAAUGUUCAGCUACCAAUGUCCUAGGCAGCAUCACCAGUUCCUGUACCGUGGCUGUGGCCCGAGUCCCAGGAAAGCUAGCUCCUCCCGAGGUGCCCCAGACCUACCAGGACACGGCACUGGUGCUGUGGAAGCCGGGAGACAGCCGGGCGCCUUGCACGUACACGCUGGAGCGGCGGGUGGAUGGGGAAUCCGUCUGGCACCCUGUGAGCUCAGGCAUCCCUGACUGCUACUACAAUGUGACCCACCUGCCAAUUGGUGUGACCGUGAGGUUCCGUGUGGCCUGUGCCAACCGUGCUGGGCAGGGGCCCUUCAGCAACCCUUCUGAGAAGGUCCUUGUCAGGGGCACUCAAGAUUCUUCAGCUUUGCCAUCUGCUGCUCACCAAGAGGUCCCUGUUACCUCAGGGCCAGCCAGGGCCCCACCUCCUGACUCUCCUACCUCACCGGCCCUGCCCCCAGCUCCUGCUCCCCCAGCGCCCCCAUUGGUCACUCUCAGCCCCUCAUCGCCCCCCACAUCCCCCAGCCAGGCCUUGUCCUCUCUCAAGGCUGUGGGUCCACCUCCCCAAACCCCUCCACGAAAGCACAGGGGCCUGCAGGCUGCCCGGCAAGCAGAGCCCACCCUACCCAGUGUCCAGGUCACCCCAAAUGAGCCCAAGUCUUUUGUCCCUGACACUGGGACCCCAACCCCAGCCUCCACCCCUCAAGAGGUUAAACCAGCGCCUUCCUCUACUCCCCUGUAUAUGGUGACUUCCUUCGUGUCUGCCCCACCUGCCCCCGAGCCCCCAGCCCCCGAGCCCCCUCCCGAGCCCACCAAGGUGACUGUGCGGAGCCUCAGCCCAGCCCGGGAGGUAGUCAGUGCCCCUGGGAGCAGUCCCCGCAGCUCGCCCGGGCCAGAGAGUACCACUCUUCGACAGGGUCCCCCUCAGAAACCCUACACCUUCCUGGAGGAGAAGGCCAGGGGCCGCUUUGGUGUUGUCCGAGCAUGCCGGGAGAAUGCCACCGGGCGAACGUUCGUGGCCAAGAUCGUGCCCUAUGCAGCUGAGGGCAAGCGGCAAGUCCUGCAGGAAUAUGAAGUGCUGCGGACGCUGCACCAUGAGCGGCUCAUGUCCCUGCACGAGGCCUACAUCACCCCCCGUUACCUUGUGCUCAUUGCCGAGAGCUGCGGCAACCGGGAACUCCUCUGUGGGCUCAGCGACAGGUUCCGGUAUUCAGAGGAUGACGUAGCCACCUACGUGGCACAGCUGCUACAAGGCCUGGACUACCUCCAUGGCCGCCAUGUGCUACACCUAGACAUCAAGCCGGACAACCUGCUGCUGGCCCCUGACAACACCCUCAAGAUCGUGGACUUCGGCAGUGCCCAGCCCUACAACCCUCAGGCCCUGCGGCCCCUUGGCCGCCGCACGGGCACACUGGAGUUCAUGGCUCCUGAGAUGGUGAAGGGAGAACCUAUCGGCUCUGCCACGGACAUCUGGGGAGCCGGUGUGCUCACCUACAUCAUGCUCAGUGGACGCUCCCCAUUCUAUGAGCCAGACCCGCAGGAAACAGAGGCUCGGAUUGUAGGGGGCCGCUUUGAUGCCUUCCAGCUAUACCCCAAUACUUCCCAGAGCGCCACCCUCUUCUUGCGAAAGGUCCUCUCAGUACACCCCUGGAGCCGGCCCUCCCUGCAGGACUGCCUGGCCCACCCCUGGCUGCAGGACGCCUACUUGAUGAAGCUGCGCCGCCAGACGCUCACCUUCACCACCAACCGGCUCAAGGAGUUCUUGGGUGAACAGCGGCGGCGCCGGGCAGAGGCCGCCACCCGCCACAAGGUGCUGCUGCGCUCCUACCCUGGUGGCCCCUAGCGGCAUGGACCACAACCCAGCCUCAGGCUUUGACUGGGGGUUCCCCAUGAUGCCGCGGGACAUUCCAGGGCCGGCACUGAGCCGGGUGGGCCUGGGGCUUUGGAUACCACCACCAGCAACAUCUGGCCGGGCUCUUACCUCAUGGACCUGCGGGGACAGAGGCCCUGGGGCUUUGGCCUGAUGUCACCCCAGGCCGGAGGCACAAUGGGAGACUCGUUGGCCAGGCUGGGCAAGGGUGGGAACAGGCAGAAGGGCAAGAAGGGAAUAGGGAAGUGAAGAGGAAAAGAAGCCAAGGGAUAGGGAGAGGAGACUCUAGGAAGGUUCUAGGGUGGGGGGUGCAUCUCAGGGAGAGUGUGGCAGGGUGAGUGUGGCUACUGAGAAGGAAGCGGAAGGAGCCCAGGGUGUCAGGACAGUGGGCUGGGAGUGUCAGCGAAGCAGGGGCAGGACACGGAGACAGUGCCAGGGAGCCAGGGCCAAGACGUGAGUGAGGGCAGUGAGGCGCAGCGAAGGAGAGGAAGAGGCCUUGGGUGGAGGGGGUGGGCCAGCCGCUGCCAUCCUGGAGAAGCGCGGAGAGCAGGAUCUCCUGGCCCAUAAAUGCAGCUCUGGGUACUCUAUGCUGGCCCGAGGAUGUCCCCACCAUCUCUCCAUGGCCUUUGUCCUUCUUCCCAUGCAUAUUUAUUUAUUUAUUGACUUUUAUGAAGUUUUCCCUUCCAUUCAAUCCCUAUUGCCCGUGUUGUCCUGACCAUCCCCCCAGCCAUCCAGCUGUCUGUGCAGCUGUCUGUCUGUCUGUCACAAGGAAAAUAAAAAUGGCAAGCAGCAGGA